CAACCUAUCUCGCAUCAUGGCGGAUGUCGAUUCCUUGCAUGAUUUGUCCGACGCCGAUGGUGAUCCUAGCGCAAUAGAGGCGGAUGCUGAGGACGAUGAAACAAACGAAGAAAGGUCAGUUCCUGAAUACACUUAGGAAGAAAUGUAUUCAAUCUGCUAAUUAUGGAUCAUGCAUCCUCUAAAGAAAUGAGUGGGGGGGGGGGGGCUUGUUCAUACUACACUACAGACUACACUAUCUCACUAUUCUGAAUUCUAUUGUAGUACAGUGUAGUUUUUUUUUUUUAGUGACUCUGGUAAAGUUAUGCUUUCCAGGUUGCGGAUUCCCCUAUUUUCAUGUGUUUUUGCACAACUUUUUUUUAUGUCUCCUGUCAUAGCAGGGAGCGGCCGUGUAAGAAAGAUGGCGCAAAUAAGGAGACAAGGGGAGAAGCGAGAGUGUGUAGUUGAGUCAGUUGAGCUACAUUCAUACUGUCUAUAAGAUACAAAUGAAAAAUAAUAGAGAUUAUGAAUUAUGGUAAAUUUACACUAUCUUACUCCAACUGUUAACUGUGUUUGUGCACUACUUUUUGACAUGGACACCAUUAUUAUGAUUAUUGUUGCCAUGACAGCAGACAAAUGAUAAUCAGAUAAUCAAUAAUCAUUCAGAAAAGUUGUGCGAAACACAUCUGCUAAAAUGGGGAGGUAAAUGUGACAAUAAAGAAUGUGGUAAAUUUUUGGUUAACCAUAGGGAUUAUGCCAAGAGUUGUCUCACCAUAAACGCAGGAACGUCACUUUGGGGAAUCCCAAUACUGCACUUAGGGUGAAUAGACCAAUUGUUGGACCUGAAUGAUAUGUGUGAUAUCGUUCCCGUGGUAAUUUAAGAGAGAGCGGCCUGCGUCUAUUUCCAUGGCCACCAUCUUGGUUGCCUCGACCCGCGCACUUUUACGUGUUCACGGGUCAAGGCAACCAAGAUGGCAGCCAUGGAGAAAUAAAAUAAUUCACGUUUGCUAAAAUUAGGAAGAAAACGUUAAAAAUGUAUGAAAAAAUUGUCUAAAUCGAUCCCUAUGCCUAACCUGAACCCUAAAUCUACGCCUAACCCUAACCAUAACCCUACAUCUAUACCUAUGCCUAACUCUAACCCUAAAUCGAUCCCUAUGCCUAACCCUAACUCGAUCCCUAUGCCUAACCCUAACCCUAAAUCUAUCCCUAUGCCUAACCCUAACCCCAAACCUGUUUACUCUUACGAUUUUGGCGUACAAUGUACGAUUUUGAGGCCUAAAUAUUAUAUAUACUGUGUUUUUUUACUAUUCAGAUAAUGUAAUGAACGAUUUUGUGAGGAUAGUGUACGAUUUUAAGAGUUGAAAGGUAAACAGGUCUGUAACCCUAAAUCGACCCCUAUGCCUAACCCUAAUCCUAAAUCUAUCCCUAUGCCUAACCGUAAUCCUAAAUCGAUCCCUAAACCUAACCUGAACCAUAAAAACUAGCUGUAAAUCCACAAGUAAAAACACGUGGAAUUUCACACUUCGGCAAGAAAACUAUAAAAAUUAACAAAAAACAUGAAAUACACUUUUACACACUUUAUUUCAGAUUUCAAAGAAAAUAUAGCCACAAAAUGAAUAAAUCUCCACACCCCACAGGCACCCCAAAGAAAUAUGAUAAUGAGCCAACCAAUGAAAAUUUUAAAAUUAUAAUUAAUCAACCAAUAAAAUUUUAAUUCCAAAAAUGUAACUCUUUUAACAAAAAAUAAGGGGAGUGAAUCCAAAACAAAGUCGUUGUGGGCCGCUCAAUCUGAAACAGCCGUUCCCGUUCUUCAAUGAGCAUUACUUGCAUCAUAAACAAAAUCUGACCAUCGAUACGGUUAAUAUUAUAAUAUAUUAUAAAGAAUAUUAAAAUGAAAUUUUCCGGGCUUGGGGAGGGGGGUGCUUUGGGAAGGGCAUAAAGAGCAUUAGCUCGACAGCCCGCUGACGCCAUUUCUUUAUGUGACAUUAAAUUUAUUAAAAUUCAAUUUACAAGUUUCAAAAGAAAUGAAAAAUGAAACUCAUCCUUGUUGAUACCCAAGAGCCAACUAAGUGCCAACUCCAGUGUGCUAAAAAUGCUGUCAUGUGACUAGUGAAAAUCAAAGAACCCAUUUGCUAAAACUAGUGUAACAAAAGGGAGAUUGCUACUUAAUGGAAAUGGGCGUCGGUGCAUAGAUUAGGAAAUAUUCAAUUAUUAUCACUAUAUUCCUAUAUAAAUAUAUACACCAAACUAUUUGAUAACUUGUGUUUCAGAAUGAAUUUAGAAGGCAUUUAAAUCUGAAUAAAAACCUUACAGAGUUCAUAUUAUAAAUUAUCAUAAUUUUCCAUGUGCAAAGUCUCAGUUUUUCAUUCAUAAGAGUUUGCCAUGUUCAAACACUAUUAAACCACUUUCAGGGAGACCUUUAAUUAAUUAAUUAGUCAUGUGCGAAAGUUGAAAGUUCAAAAUAACUAGUGAUUUCUAAAAUUUCCCGGGUCAUGUUCCUCCCACUUUCAAUAUGAAAAAAAUUCCCAUUCUCAUAACCCCUCCCCCAACUGUAAAAAAAGCCCCAAAAACUUCCAUUAAGUAAACGCAAACAUAAAGAUCAAAAUCUUUUGAAUACAUCGCUAUAGAUGGAAGUUGACCUGGGGGAACCUCUGUGACCUAUGUUGUUCGUCCGUCGAGGAUCGACGAUGACCAUCGAGUCGUCUGGUGACUGAUGACUUGCGCGGGUGACUUUUGUUUAAAGUGAGGAAGAGUUGCGCAGCGUCAACCUCACUCUCUCGUCCGAGCCCACCAUAUCCAGUGGCAAGACUCUACGUCAAGACGACCAGGGAUGGGUACGGUUGCAGGAAUGGACAUUGUAUGCGCCUUACGGGACUCCAACUCCGGGUUUGAAUUCAGAGUUUCCUUCUCUUAGAUGAGUUGCCGACCAAGGUUAACGAGUCUCAUCCACCCGGGGUGAUGUUUUUGCUUGACCGGCCUUUGGCUGAAAUUGAGGUUUGCUCAGUUUAGACCAUUCGGCCACCCAGUCACCCAUGCAGUGAAUGACCAUGGCGUUCUACGUGUCUGGUCAUGUUCUCAGCGAUUCACACCACUGUGCUGUCUCCGCCUUUUGUCCGUUGACCAAGUAGUGGUUCUUCCGCACAAUUUGCCGGAUUCAGUCUUUACAUGCUAUGGGGGACAACCCCUUUUUUCCGAAAGUUCUAUGCCCUUCGGCUACCCUCAACCUGGAAUCGUUGUCUGGGUUGUAGUCGCUGUGCAUGUUACAGCUUCUUGGAACCACAGGUGAGAGCUGAGUACAGAGACUUCCGGCUGUUUCCGAACAAGAUGGCUUCUUCCUAUUCAGCCCAACAGUAGAUCUAUAUUGUAGUUGACCUAUAUACCGUGGAACACAUCACCGGCCUUACUGUUAAUCAUUAAUUUUUUUUAAAGAAAAGACAAUUUUUGAAACUUGCGUUGCAUUAAAAAGAUAUGAAACAACAUUUAAAAUUAAGAAUAGAAAAAAGUUAAAAUCAUCAAAAUUUUAAAAAAGAAAGAAAAAGAAAUGUUAAAAAUGAGCAAAAUUCAUACAAAUUUAAUUUUUACAAAUUUUUCACAAAUAUUCAUAUUUAAAAUCUACAACUCUACCUAACCUGAAGAUUAUUCAGUAUCCAUAAUGCAAUUGUAAAUUCACCCCUAAAUUUCGUUCCGCCUAACAUAAGGGUAAAUUAAGCCCUAAAUAAAUUUAUUCUCCCCUAACUUGAGAAUUCUGUAAAUCUUCAAACCUAAAAUCUAUGACCUAACGUGAACCCUAAAAGCAAGUGUUAGAGUGCUACAGUUUUACACACAGUAAUGAGAAAAUCAUACAUUUUAAGAAAAAGAUUUUAAAAUUCUCUCAAAUAUUCAAAAUAAUUAAAACCCAUUUUAGAUUUCCAUCAAAUUUCUUUUUACACACUUAUAUACAGGUUCCACCAAAAAUAAAAUCUAUAAGAUGUCAGAAAACUCAAAAUCCAUUUUCCAAAAUGAUCAGAAAGUCAAACCUGUAAAUAGCCUUGUUUUGAAAUAUUAUAAUUAAUCAGGCUAUGAAAUAUUUAUUAAAUAAUCCAUCAAUCAAAAACAUUCCAUCAGUCAAAAACAUUCUAUUGACAUAUUUAUAUAUAUAAAAAAAAGAGUAGUUUACAAUCCGCAACUAAGUGGAGCUCACUCUUCCACAGAAUCUCAGGGGUCCAUAAGCGUAAGUUGACCGGAACUCUAAGUAUUCUAUGCAGUAUGCACCCGGCCUAGUCAGGUCAGUAGAAGACAGAAGUAGGGUACUAUUAGUAUUACAUAAUCAAUAGUCCUGAUGCAAAUAGUGUCCCUAAUCUGUCUUUUACUACUACUACUACUGUACAAAAAAAACACAGUGCUCCUAUUCAUAUCUUUCUAAGAAAUAUAAAUCGGAGGGCAGAUGGGGUAGGGGUAAUCGUGAAGAAAUAUUAAAAACAGUGGACAACAGCAAGAAGGACAACAGAGGAGAAAUACAAAAAGUCUUGGCUCAAUGUGAGUCGCUGCUGUUUUGUCUUACUUCAAGUUUUCCCUAUCAUGUGCUUUAUAUUUUUUUAUUGCUCCAACCUGAUGGCAGUCCUUUUUCCUCCCCAUAUUACAAACAAUUAUUUAUUUCUAACGAGCCAUAUACUACUUCAAGGGAUAGUAUUAUAGUUAUACCCAUGUGGGUAAUUCCUGUAAAUUUUGAAUUUUUACAUGAGAUUUAGUUUUUUUUUUAAUAAAAAUUUUGUGUGGUAAAAUUCUGACUACUUAGUCCUAGAAGAGCUUUGAAAGGUGAUCUUGAGCCACUUCAAGUGUGAGCUCCAAAUGAAAAAAAUCUUCAUUUUUUAUUUUCGACAUAUUCUUGUUCCUGUUGGUCUAUUCAUUGGGCUCUAUAGCAUUGUUUUUAGAAGUUUUACUAUAGUUUAGUAAUUGUAAAUGGAACAUAGACUGCAGACAGCUUUAUAAAAAAACAAAAAGUCAUAUAAUGUACGAAAACAACCUCUCGUCAAUUCAGUUAGGAUAAAUGGCAGGGAAUGGCUUUAUGGUGUUUUGAUUUUUGUUACAAUAGCUUAGAGUUAGUGGUUAUUUAAACUAUAUGAAGCUCUAAAAAUUACAAGCAAGUUUUUCUUUACAAGGUAAGUAAGCCCACUAGGAACUCUACUCCCAAGUGCCACUGACUUUGUUUUCUUUAUUUUUCUUUGCCAUGCUCAGUAUUGAUCCAUCGCAGCGUAAAAAGAGUAAGAAAAAGAAAAGGAAGGCAAAAGAUCCUGAACGAUCAAGUGGAGAUUCUGAUAACCAAAUCUGUGAUGCUCCGGGGCACAAACACUUAGAUGUUCCUGACAAUGUGUCUCUGUCCCAAUCUGGAAUGGAUGCGGAUUCAGAGAGCCAGGGUUCGCAAGACUCAAAGGAUGAGGAUGAAAAUUCUGGUGCAGAUGGAACAAAUAUAAUAUCGCAGUCUGAUACUCAGGUUGGUUUUCAUAUUCAUUGAAAUGGCUUUUUAAUUUAAAAAAAUAUUAACUUUCUUGUAUUGUUGAGGUUGGUGGUUUUUACUAUAUUAAAAGAGCAUCUAAAUAAUUUGUUCUUGACUUACAUUUUUACUCUUAGACUAUGUACAACGUCUUACUAUUGUUUUUUUUAUUGCUUUUUUACAAAGCCUAAUUAAAAUGCUUUUCAGAAACUUGCCAAUCUCACACAAAUUCAAAAUGCUUUAGAAUUACUAUCUAUGCCACAAAGUGCUGCCCCGAAAAGCCUAGAUGAGGCGAAGAAGAAAAAAUAUCAGUUUUGGGAAACACAACCAGUUCCUAAAUUUGGUAACUCAAAAUUACUUGCCUUUUAGUAUUAUUGGAUAUCAAUGAUAAUUGUUAAUUUAAUUCAUCUAGUUAAUACCAUUGCUCAGGCUGUUGUUUUAACAACAUUACCUGAUUUUAUCACAAAGAAGUAUUUAAACGUGAUAGUUUUUUAAAUCUAUUAUUUUAAGUGACCUCCAGUUUUGUUUACAUAUCUUAAUAGAUGAAGAUAUUAAAGUUAAUGAAGAAAUAGAAAAGGACAAGGGACCCAGUGAAAUAAGACAAGAGUCUCUUACUCUUCCAACGGGAUUUGUCUGGGAUACAUUGGAUAUCAGCGAGCCUCUUAUUGUAAGUUUUGACUGGGUUUUUUUCUCUCAUAGAAAUAUAAUUACAGUGAGAUUUUAGCUUUAUGUCUUUAAAAAAUGUAUUUGUUUAUUUUAUAUUUGUUUAUUGGUAAACUCAUAUACUAAAAUGGCAUCUUUUCCCCCCGGAAUGGUCGUGACAUAGAUGGUUCUGAGACAGUAAACACAAUGACUUUGUUAAGGUGUACAAUAGCCUUUUUGUUCGAGUUGAAUUUAUUAUAUGAAUUUUUAAUAUUAUAGCGAGCAUAAUAAACUAAUAUAUUAUCAUUUAGUACAUCUAAAUUACUAUCAAAUUCAUCAUCAACGUCCAUUCGUUUGACAAAAUUGCAUGUAAAAUACUCACGAUUUGAAAAAAAUAGGACUUAAAAGAAGGAAUUUUAAAUAUAAAAAAUUGUGGUUUAUCCAUAUUGGAAGGAAGAAAUAUGUUAGAAGGCAUGCUCAGUGAAGGGGAGAGUAUUCAUAAAUUUCCAUAGUGAUAAAGACGCCGAUCGAAGUCUUGUGGAUAGAGAGGGAAAAAAUGUGACGACUAAUGGGUAUAUUGUGUUAAUAUACCUUUCUUAACAUUUUCUUAGACGUAUAAAGAAUUUGUUACAUUUUUCAUUUCUCACUGAUGCAUAUGUAUUUUCAGCUGAAGGAGUUAUACACCUUACUUAAUGAAAAUUAUGUUGAGGAUGAUGACAACAUGUUCCGAUUCGACUACUCCCCUGAAUUUUUGCAAUGGUAAAUAAUUAGUAUAUAAUGAUAUAAAUAUUAUCUGAUCUUAUAUUUUAACCUUUAAAUUAACCCCUGAUACAUUACCCGCUUUGAAUCCCCUAUGAAGCUUCAUGGCGCAAAUGAUGUACUCGUUAUUUAACCUAAUGAAAAGUUUAAAGGGCUAGAUGAAUGCAGAAUUAAAAAAACACUGCUGAAAAUAUUUUUAAAAAUUAAUAAGAAUAAAACAUUUAAGUUUGGUCUACAUUCGAUUGAUGUUCAUCUACACCACUGUGCUGUCUAUUUUUGGGUAAUGCAUUUUAAGAAAUGUUAAAGAAGUGCAUUUAAACUCCUCUUUAAUAGAAAAUCAUUUUUAAAAUCUUUUUUAAAACUGUUCAUAGCUGCAGUUUAUAAAUCAUACACUAGGUGAUCUUUAAAAAUUAAAUAGGCACCGACUAUCCUAAAUCAUAACCCAUAAAAAUGCAUGUGAUUGUGCAUUUAGAUAAGCAUAAUAUAUUUUUGUGGAUUGAAGCUGUGUAAAUUUAUUUGCAUAGUUCUUCCAUUACUUGAAAAUGUGAUCCAGUGUUAGUAUGCUAAAACUUUAAGUAAUGGGGGGGGGGGGGAACAAGUGUAUAAGUUAAAAUUAAAAAGCAGUCUCGCCAGGUUGGGGGAGAGAGUCAAUCCUGUAUUUUUUAGAAGAAAUGAGAGUAAUAUUUGCUUUUCAGUAAUAGUUCUUCCAUUACUUGAAAAUGUGAUCCAGUGUUAGUAUGCUAAAACUUUAAGUAAUGGGGGGGGGGGGAACAAGUGUAUAAGUUAAAAUUAAAAAGCAGUCUCGCCAGGUUUGGGGAGAGAGUCAAUCCUGUAUUUUUUAGAAGAAAUGAGAGUAAUAUUUGCUUUUCAGUGAUUGGAGUAUGAUCCAUUCCAGGAGUAGAAAGCAGGAUAAAACCUGUUUUUGUUUGUAGUUAGUGCUAUUCAGUUGAGUCAGAGGGAGAAAUACCCACAGACAAUAAUGAUUUUUGAAAGUAUAUUACUUUUUAAAAAAAAUUAAAAAAUUAUAUUUAAAUUUUGUAAUAAUUUAUAAUAGUACUUACACAUGAAAGAUUACUUGUACUUGCAUAGAAGCAGAUAUAUUUUAGCUUUUUUAAAUUGAUUAGAUUUCCGUAAAAUAAUACAAAGUCACUAUCCUUGUUUUUAAGAAUCCAAAUGUAACACAUCUAUAUGCUAUUCUUAGCUAUAUUAUAUAUACAUUUGAAAUUCUUUUUUAAUCCCUAAUUAGUCUUCUCAAAUGUUAAUACUGUUUAAUUUGCUUAAUUCUUCCACCAUUAGUAUACCCUUCAUUGGAAGUUCUUUGUUAAUCCCUGAUUAGUUUCUCAAAUGUUAAUAUACAUAAAGUUUUCCUGUAAUAAUCUUACCCUAUUUUCCGGCGUAUAAGACGACUUUCUAGACCCAAAUUAUAGUGCCAUAACUUGGGGGUUGUCUUAUACACUGGGUACAAUGGCCGAAAUAUAGUUUUAAUGCCUGCCGAGUGCUCCAUACCUUGUACAAGAGGUAGCCAGAUCGGUGCCAGGCCCACCGGGUGGUCGGUAGCGGGUAUAGAGGCGAAUCCCGGUGAGUGAAGAGGCCCCCGAAGCCGCCACCGCCGCGGCAAUGUAGUGAGGGAACACUGUGUGCGGCGCUCGGCCAAUCCCUACUGGCGGAUGUUCGCUGCUGCUGCAUGUAGCGCUUGUUACACCUGCUCGGAUUGGACAAAAUACCUCUGCCAAUCCGAGCAUGAUAGGAGCGGCGCCGGCUGAUGACAUCACAUCUUCUCUUACUCCAAGCAGGCUUUACAUCUAGCAACAAAUUAGUAAAAUGCAUUGCCUGCCGUUAUUGGCUCUUAGUGGUGCCCACUGUAUGGAUGUAUUCUGUAGUAGAAAACGGACCCAUAGAAAGCAGAAAUAUUCAAAUUCAAAUGUUACAUAUACUGUACUGCUGUUAUAUACUGUACCAACAAAGGCAAUUGAUCUACAUCAACUGUAUAUAGUAUACCUGGAACAAAGCAUCAUAUAUACAGUACUGUAAUUUACCUACUAGCAAAGCAUAGUACUGUAUACUGUGUGUACCUGCGCUACUGUAUACGGUAUUACAUCAUAUACAACCCGUACUGCACAUCCAGCUCCAGAUUUCCCCUUCAUAUAAUAAAUAAUGGUAUGAUUUAUGGUGCUUUGGAGGAGAGGAUUUAUUGUUGCUGCCUACCAAUUGUGGGAUCUUUGGGACUUGUAGUUCACCAGUUUCCUUUUUGAUUUAAAAAAAGUGAUACCGUAAUACCUGACAGAUUUCAAAAAUGGCUGAUAGACAGGGCCCCAGCAUGGCUCCAGCAAGAUGGAGAAGGAAACAUGAAGCCAGUCUUAAGCUGUAAACUUUGCGAAGGAAACUAAUAACUGCUCUGCUGCAAGACAGUAUGGCUUAACGGAAAAUAUGGUCUGAGACUGGAAAGCAAAGGCAGAUGCAUUAAAGAGUAUGCCAAGGGAUAAGUGUGCAUUAAGAAGAGGCACCCCCCAUUGGCCAGAACUCGAGAAGCAUGUAGCAGGCAUGGUGCAUGAGCAUCGCCGCAAUGGUUAUGGAGUGACCCGAAACAGCAUACAGAUUUCUGCACUUCAGUGGGCCAAAUCACAGCAAAGGAUUUAAGGCCACUGUAUCCUGGUGUACUAGGUUCUUGGAAAGGCACGAUCUGGUACUGAGGCAAAAGACCAAAAUUGCACAAAAAUUCCAGCAGAUCUCGACUGCAAAGUAAUUAAUUUCCUUCGCUAUGUAAUAAAACAGCCCAAGAAACGCGGCUAUGCAUUAAGUCAGAUCGAAAAUUUGGAUGAAACUCCAAUGAAAAUAAAACCGUAAAUUCCAAAGGUGCAAAAACCGUGUUUUUAAAAACAACAGGACAUGAGAAGUCCAGUUUUUCAGUGGUACUAGCAUGUACACCUGGUGGUGCCAAACUAAGACCCAUGAUUAUCUUCAAAAGAAAAACAAUGCCAAAAACAAGUUCCCUGUUGGAGUUUUUUGUACAUGUGAAUGAAAAAGGCUGUAUGGAUGAAGAAGGGGUAAAGCUAUGGCUUGAAAAUGUUUGGAGUAGAUGACCAGGUGGACUUUGUAAAGAAUGUAGCCUACUGGUGUGGGAUAUGUUCAGGGCUCAUUUAACUCCCAGCACAAAGGAAAGGCUGAAAAGAAUGAACACAGACGAAGCGGUUAUUCUUGGAGGAUUGACAUCUUUGGUACAGCCACUGGCCAUUUAAGGAUCGCAUUCGUGAGCAGUGAAUGAGUGGAUGGUUAGCGGCAAAAAGUCAUUCACAAAAGGAGGAAACAUGCGUGCUCCACAGUUGGAUGUUUUGUGCAACUCUAUCAUAAAAGCCUGCAAUGAAAUUGAUGCAGAAAAAGUAAUAAAGUCUUUCAAGAAGUGUGGCAUAUCAAAUUCUUUGGAUGGUAUGGAGGACGAGUUGUGGCAAGAUGAAAGGGAAACCAACACUGAAUCCACACCAUCUGAUGUGCAACUAGAUCCAUAUGAUGACUAUCUUACAAAUGAAACACAAGAUGUCAUUGAUGAACAUGAAGAGGAUUUUGAAGGAUUUUAAGUACCAGAAAGUCAACAGUUUUCAUUAAAAUUACCAUGUUUAAAUCAAAUCUGAUUGUUUUUUUUUUUUAUGUUUCUGAUUUUUUUUUAAAUGGUGGUAUCUCGGAAGGGGGUAGUCUUAUAUGGCGAGUAUAUCCCAAAACCAAUAUUUUUCCUGGAAAAUUAGGGGGUUGUCUUAUACACCGGAAAAUGUGGUACAUUACAUUGCUGCUUAAUUUCCUUAAUUUUAAGUAAUUAGCAAGACUUUCUGUGAUGAUUUUCAUUUUAACUUUUACUUUUGAUUUGACAGGGCUCUUCAACCACCAGGUUGGCUAAGAGAAUGGCAUUGUGGUGUGAGAGUCAUUAAAAGCAAGAAACUUGUUGGAUUUAUUAGUGCUGUUCCAGCCAACAUAAAAAUCUAUGACAAGUGAGUGUCACAAAUAUAUUACCCGAUAUACUAAGUUCAAUUUUCAUUUUUUAAUUGAAGGGGUACAGUAAAUUUGAUACUAGCACUUAUUAAUACAAUAACACAAUGAAACAUUUUAAUUACAGAUCCAAAAAGAUGGUUGAAAUCAACUUUCUUUGUGUUCACAAAAAGCUUAGAGCUAAGCGUGUAGCCCCUGUCCUAAUCAAAGAAAUAACGCGGCGAGUUCACCUUCAAGGGCUUUUCCAGGCUGUUUACACUGCUGGUGUUGUACUUCCUAAACCUGUUGCAUCCUGCAGGUAUGCUAUGAAGAUGGAUUUUUUUUUUCAAUAUUGUAUGGAAAUAAAUUGUUAGGGUCAUAUAUAAGACUAAAGUUUGCAAAAUGUCAUGUAGCUUUUUAAGUGUUUUCAUUAAGCAUCAAGAUUUUGUUUAUAUUUUUCUCAUACCCGGUAUUCCUUAAUCACUAAAAGUAAAAAGAUAGCUUAUUCAUUUUAACUUUUCACUUAACAGGUUUUUCUUCAUGAUAUAAAUAAUAGUAUUUUAAAUAUCUGCAUCACAUGUUUUUAUUACAUUAGGUAUUGGCACAGAUCAUUGAAUCCUCGCAAGCUAAUAGAGGUGAAAUUCUCUCAUUUAAGUAGAAAUAUGACUAUGCAGAGGACCUUAAAACUUUACAAGCUACCAGAUGUAAGUGGAUUGAAAUGUACCAUUCCAGAGUAAAACUUCCUUUAAUAUAACAAUAAUGUAAAUUUGGAAAGAAAUCUACUCUAAGACCAUGCUCUGUUUUCUGUUGAUUUUUGUUGUUUAGAAUAAAAAAAUUGAGUGUAUUUUUAAAAAGGGAUUCAAUUAUUCAUAUUUAGAGGCUAAAUUUUUUUUUACAUUUUUGAUACUAUAACUUGAAAAAGGAAAUAAAAAUUGAAAAAUCUCCACAUUAACUUUCUAAUGUUUAUGUUUUUGAUAAUUUUUGUUAUCUUGACUUGUUUUCCAUCCAUUUUUACAGACUCCAAGAACCCCUGGAUUCCGUAAAUUAACUGUAAGCGAUGUUCCAGAGGCAUAUCAGUUACUCACAAGAGUAAGUUAACAAUACUGUAAGCAAAUAUGCAUCUUUUAAAUAAAAACAGUAUGUUAUAUUAUAGAAUCUUAUAAUAAGUUAAUAUAAUUUUGAUAACUUUGAGUUACUAUUUUUGAAAAUAAGUUAAUUAAAAUAUUUCAAAAUAAAUGUUUUAAUUCAAGUUUUUUGGUUUACUUUCAGUUCAUGCGACGAUAUCAACUUGCCCCAUUGUUUAAUGAGGAAGAGUUUCGUCACUGGUUUAUUCCUAGGGAUGGCAUAAUAAAUAGUUAUGUUGUUGAAGUAGGUGGCGCUAUUUUCUUUUUAUACAAAUUUUUUAUUUCGUUGUAAAUAUUUAAGAAAAAGGCAAAUUUCUAACAUUUGUUCAAUUUUUACUCCCAGUUCAACAUUUUGAAUUGCUGAUUUAGUUGCAUUUAAUUUUUAAAAUUUAUUUCAUUUUAUUUAAUAAAAAUGUGUAUUCAAUAACAUUUAAAACUUUUUUUUUCAUCUAGACAAAUGGAAAAUUGACAGAUUUUGUGAGCUUCUACUCUCUUCCAUCUACAAUCAUGCAUCAUCCAGUUCACAAGUCCCUCCGAGCUGCCUACUCUUUCUACAAUGCAAGCACCAAAACACCAUGGAUUGAUCUCAUACAGGAUACCUUAAUUGAGGCAAAAAAUGUAUGUUAAAAAUAAAUAUUUUUAGGGUCAUCUUACAAAGUUGAAAUCUCUGUGCCAAACUGUUCUGAAAUUUCAAAUAUAUCUAAGUCAACUUUUAAAAAUAUGUAUUUAAUGUUAUGGCAUGUUCUGAAUCAUUUGCAUGAAGUUAUUGAUUUAUCAGUUUGAUUCCUAGAGUCCAUUUAUUAAAUACUUUCAUUUUAUAGCCUAUAUUAUGUGCUGUAUAAAAUGCAUGCAAUUAAUAUGGAAUAUAUUUGGUAGUAAUGAAUAGAUAAGCAUAAAUGUUAAAUAAAAUAGCAACAUAAUUUGUUCUAAGAAUAAAACCCAGAUAUUGUUCACUUUAAAUGCCAACACAGUUAAACAAAAUUUAAUAGUUACAAAAAAUAUACAAUAAUUUGAAACCUAUUAAGUUUAAGUAGUAAGUAUAAUGUAUUCACCAUUAACUAUCCACAUUAAUUUUUUUUUUUUAAAUCAAUUUUUUUAUGUCUAACUUGUAAGUAUCAUUCUGUACAUAACAAAUUUUUCAGACAUAAUACUUAAAAAUAAUAAUUAGUGAUAAACAUUUUAUUCUGCAGAUGGGCUUUGAUGUCUUCAAUGCUUUGGACCUGAUGGACAACAAGGUGUUUUUAGAAAAAUUGAAAUUUGGAGUAGGGGAUGGCUUUUUGCAGUAUUAUCUUUAUAACUGGAAGUGUCCCCAUAUGGAAACAAAACAGGUUUCUGUCAUUUAUUUUUUUUAA